GUGCCUCCCCUCUUGCACUUGAUCGUCAAACACUCCCCAAGAUGCCCAUACCAGUUGGCUCCAUGCCCCAGGGCGCGCAUGGCCCUUCAACUCUUGACAAGCUGAAGAUGGGUGGCAUGAUGGGUGGAUCUGUCGGUUUGAUCAUUGGCUUCAUUUUCGGAUUCACCAACAUUGUUCGAUUUGGUCCGGGCCCGAAUGGGAUGCUAAGGACGCUGGGCCAAUACAUGAUGGGCUCAGCCGCCACGUUUGGCUUCUUCAUGGCCAUCGGCACUACCAUCCGAACCGACAGCUCCCCCAUUGCGACUGAAGCUUUCCGCACCGCCAAUCGCCGGCCCAUGAUCCUUCCGCGACACUACCAGUACCCACGCGCCGCACGCGAGGAGAAGAACUAGGCCGUAUAAUGUCCAGACAAGAAUCCUCCAUGGCGGUACAGGUUUCUGGCGAGGACGGAGCGAUUUCUCAUAAAAAUCUUAACGGGUCGAUUGCCUGCUAGGUUAAAUAGGCGCAAAGGUGAAUGAUAUCAGUCAUACACUGGCUUUCACUUUCACCGUC